CUUUUUUUCGAGCGAAAACUUGCCUCUUUUCAUAACAAAAACAAAAUUUUUAGCAAUUGACCAACUUUUAAAUGUAAAUUUCGUCUUUUAUGAAGCUUAAUUGAGUAAUUUCUCGUGAAAAAUUCGUAAAUUAUCGCAAAAAGCGAUGAAAAGAACCAAAAGUCACAACACAAAGGAAAGCUUAACAACUUUAAUCACAGAAGAAACUUCGGACGAUGACUCAUUAGUGAUAAGCAACAACGUAGAAACCGAAGCAGAAGAGUUAGAAGAGGACACUGACGAUGACGCGGUGCUCGAUGCAAGCGAUGAUGUCGUUUUUCGGACCACACAUCGUCCCAAAUCCAUCUACGAGAGUCUCGAUUACGACGUUUGCGAGAACGUGUUGUGGGAACAGGAGCAAAAAACCAAAGUCACGAAGCUUUCCGUGAAGAAGGAUGUCUCGCGAUGGUUCAUUUUUCUGCUAAUUGGCAUCUUGACGGCUUUGGUUGCGGCGACAAUUGACAUUGUGAUUGAAGAAGUUUCGUUGAUCAAGUACGGGUUCCUGAAGAAACUCGUCGAUUCACACAAAAAUGGAGAUGUUGGCAUUCCGUAUCUGUACUGGGUGCUUACGAAUGUCGUUUUUGUGUUUAUUGGAGCGAUGCUGGUGACUUAUUUGGAGCCUGUGGCUGCUGGCAGCGGAAUCCCCCAAGUCAAAUGCUACUUGAACGGCAUCAAAGUGCCUCGCAUCGUUCGCAUCAAAACGCUGGCUGUGAAAGCAAUUGGUGUCGCAACAUCUGUCAUCGGAGGCUUGGCAGGCGGCAAAGAAGGUCCCAUGAUCCACAGUGGCGCCGUAAUUGCUGCGGGAAUCUCUCAGGGCAAAUCCACGACAUUCGACAAAGACUUCAAAAUCAUGCGAGGCUUCCGCGAUGACCACGAAAAACGGGAUUUUGUCGUUGGCGGAGCUGCUGCGGGCGUUGCUGCUGCCUUCGGAGCCCCAAUUGGAGGAAUUCUCUUCAGUUUGGAGGAAGCGGCGAGUUUUUGGAACCAACAUUUGAUCUGGCGAUGCUUUUUUGCGUCGGUUAUUAGCUCAUUUACACUCAAUUUGGUCCUUUCGGCGUAUCAUGGGUUGGAAAGUUUCACAUAUCCCGGUCUUUUCAACUUGGGACAAUUCGAGCCGCUGCCUUUUCAGUACUACGAGUUGCCAAUUUUUAUCGCGAUGGGCGUUUUUGGCGGAAUAAUUGGCGCCUUGUGGAAUUCCAUGAACACGAAAAUCAAUAUUUUCCGAAAUCGCUUCAUAAAAUGGAGAUUUGCGCGAGUUAUUGAAGCGAUGUUGAUCGCAGCGUUGUCAGCGACUUGCGGAUGUGCCAUGAUGUACAUGUUGAAUGACUGUCGCCCGCUCGGGAAUGAUCCGACAUUGACGCCCGUUCAGCUGGCAUGCGAAGAUAACGAAUAUAACGCAGCAGCAGCACUUUGGUUUCAAACGCCCGAACAAACUGUCAAAGCUCUCUUUCACGAUCCGCCCGGAAGUCAUCAAAUUAUCACAUUAGCGGUCUUUGUCUUAAUUUAUUUCGUCUUGUCGUGCAUCACAUUCGGCUUAAACGUCUCCUUGGGCAUUUUUAUUCCGACUUUGCUCGUGGGCGCGGCAUGGGGACGACUUUUCGCCAUGUUCCUCAGUGUCGCUUUUCCCACAGUGACGUUCCUCAAUCCCGGCAAAUACGCUUUAAUUGGUUCGGCGGCGCAAUUGGGAGGCGUUCUACGGAUGACGCUCAGUUUGACGGUCAUUUUGAUCGAAACUACGGGAAAUAUUGCCUUUGCAUUGCCGAUUAUUGCGACAAUUACUGCCGCGAAAUACGUUGGAGAUUAUUUCAAUGAGGGAAUUUACGAUACGCAGAUUAAAGUUUCGAAGGUGCCGAUGUUGUCGUGGGAAGUUUCGCCACGUUACAAGGGAUUAAAAGCCGGAAAUAUCAUGAGUCAGCCCGUGGUUUGUCUGAAAAUGCGGGAGAAGUUGGAUUAUAUUUUGAAGGUGCUGCAGGAAACGACGCAUAAUGGUUUCCCCGUCGUCGAUUCCGUCGACACCGAUCGCAGCAACGGUCGUCUCCGCGGUCUCAUUCUCCGCUCGCAACUGAUUCUCAUCAUCAAACGCAGUUACUACGAGGAAACGGCCCGUUUUUGGAAGGACACUGUCUCCAUUGAAGUUUUCCGCAACGCUUAUCCGCGAUAUCCCGAGCUGCGCGACGUUCCCCUGCACGAAGACAAAACUUGUGGCUCGUAUCACAUCAAUAUGCGGAUGUUUAUGAACCCGUCGCCAUACAGUGUGCACGAAAGGACCUCCGUGCCGCGCGUUUUUCAAAUAUUUCGCGCUUUGGGCUUGCGACAUUUGCUCGUCGUUGACAAUGACAAUCACGUGCGAGGGAUAAUUACGCGAAAAGACCUCAUUGAUGAUGAUUAAUUUUUGUGUUUUUAUGUCUUUGACACGUCAUUCCGUUGGAAUUAGUCGAAUUUUCGUUAGAAAAUUGUAUUUUUGUAUCUCUAGUAGGAAUAAAUAUUAGCUAGUUUAUUAUUAAAUCAAC